UCUCUCUCUCUCUCUCUCUCUCUCUCUCUCUCUCGUACCCAAUCCAUCAUCGGCCAUGGGAAUCCUCUGGUGGAGAGGCAACAAGGACGCUCCGUCUCCCACCGGAUUGAAAACCCCCAUCCAGAAACACGACCCGACCCAAAAGUCCGAGGUACCGGGCAUGAACGGAGCGGUGGAGGUCCACCGACCCGGAUCAUCCCUGACGAUAUUCGAGUUCGGGUCAGUAGCCGCAUCAACCGAUAAGGUCACGCUCGCCGGGUACUGCCCCGUGUCCGACGACAUCCAACCUUGCCGUUGGGAGAUCUUACCCGCCACUGACGACGACGCGCCCCAGUUUCGCGUGGUCUUCUGACUGCAACAAAAAUAAAAAGUUUUUGCAAAACCUGUGUGACUGAAAAGCUUAUUCUGUGACUGAAAAGCAUGGUGAUCUUGUGUGCAUAUGGAGAGUUUUGCCCCCAUAAAUUGCCUCAGAAUCAGGAGAUCUCGUAUUAGGUAAUAGCUAUAUCAUACAGUUUGAUGGUACAAAUUGAUGUCACUUUGAUUAUACAAUCCCAGCUUAGAGCGACUCUUAAGAAAGAAAAUACUCCCCAGUUAUUAUGGCCAUAACCUUUUAGUAUUGUGUAUUGAUCUGACUUUUGUUUCAGUCAAAUCACAUACUAUGUUAAUAAAAUGUGUACAUUGAUUUAGCUAA